UUACUGACAUAUUUAUCCAUUUAGUUAGUGUAAUUGACAAUUCAUUCUGUAGUUUAGAGACAGGAUCUUCGUCCAGCAAAGUGCCCGGAACCGUCUCUUUUAUUAUCAUUAACAUCGUAUUUCCGUUGUUUUGAUUCUUUACAAAACUGACUCCAAAAACUUGCUGAAUCAGUAUUAUGAGUAUACUUUAGAAAUUAUAAAGUAAAUGAUUAAUCAAAUGCCAUCCCAAACUUAAUUUGAAAACAUGCCAGAAAUAAAAGUGAAGCAUAUUGUAUCCUGUAGUUGCGCUGACAAGAAUAAUCCAGCUGAAAAUUUGUUAAAAGCAGAAGGUUCACACAAGUGGAAAACAACUGGCCAGCCUAAAAAUGCUGUUGUUGUACUCCAGUUAGAGAAAUCAAGCCAGAUUAAUUCUAUUGAUGUGGGGAAUGAAGGUUCUGCAUUUGUGGAAAUUUUAGUUGGAAAAGAAACAGCUACAACUGAUCAUGAUUAUAAAGUAAUAUUAGUAGCCUCAUCUUUUAUGACACCACUGGAAAGCAGAAAUGGAACCAAUAGAAACAGUGUUAGAAUGUUUGGACCAGAAAAGUUGUCAAAUGCUGUUGCCAGUGAAAAGUGGGAUAGAGUUAAAAUAGUCUGUACUCAACCAUUCAACAAGACAUCAGAGUAUGGUAUAUCAUUUAUAAAGAUUCAUUCCACUCCAGAUGUCAAAGAAGAAGGAACUAAGAAGUUAGGAGCAUUUACUGUUAAACCAGAAACAGGAGAUGAUAUAACAACUGGAUCACUGUUUGCCAAAAAGAAAAUAGAACCAGUUGAGAAACCAGCCCCAACAGGGGCAGCUGCCGUAAGAGCAGCUUCACGUUUGGCUGAUGAAUCAAUAUCUUCACCAAAAAUAGAAAAACAGGUCAAAAUCACACCAACAUCGCAGAAUAAAAGGAAACAUACAGACGAUUCAGAUGAUGAGCCUUCUGGCUCUGGUACCCCAGUCCCAUCCCUGAAGAAACAGUCAACCAGUAUCAGUUCCACAGCCUCUUCUGCUAAAAGUGAAUCAGUACCUCCAUUAAAGAAAACUAAAUCUGAACCUCCAAAGGAAUCUGCAGUGAAAGCCUUUGGUAGAUUAAUGGAAGGUGUGGUGUUUGCAAUGAGUGGGUUCCAGAAUCCUUACAGAGCUGAGCUCAGACAAAAAGCUGUAGACAUGGGAGCUGUAUAUAAACCAGACUGGGGGAAAGGAUGUACUCAUCUCAUAUGUGCUUUCUCAAACACACCAAAGUAUAACCAGGUCAGAGGGAAAGGGAAAAUAGUCAAAAAAGAUUGGAUAUUACAAAGUUAUAAACAGAAGAAACUGUUACCAUGGAGAAAUUACCGUCUUGGCGAUGCUGACUCCCCAGAUGAAUCGAGUACUGAUGAGGAUGAUUAUGUUCCCAAAAAGUCUCCUCCAAAGAAAAAACCAUCUGAAACUAAACCACCAAAGAAAACAUCACCUAAACCAAGUAAAGAAGCAAUGGACAUGUCAGAUUCCGGAGAUGACACAGAAGAUGAAGUUAGGAGGGUAAAGGCAGAGAUAGAUAAUCCAAAGGAACCAGUGAAAAAAGAUGAUGAUGAUCCUUAUAAUGCCUCUACAGAUGAAGAGGCCCCAUCAUCUUCUAAAAAGGAAUCACCAAUAAAGAAUGGCGCUCCAUCAUCAUCCAAGAAGGAAUCACCCAGUAAGAACGGAGCAGUAGACGAUGGAAAUGAUUCAGGCUUUCCUGAACUACCAGACUUCUUUAGGAAGAAACAUUUCCUUCUGUAUGGAGAUUAUAAUGAAAGGACAAGACGUAGUAUGGUACGAUAUAUCACAGCUUAUGAUGGGGAGUUAGAAGACUAUAUGUCUGAGAAAGUUAACUUUGUGGUCACUAACUCAGAGUGGGACCAGAACUUUGAUGAUGCUUUAACAGACAAUCCAAGUCUGAUAUUUGUUAAACCAAUAUGGGUAGCUAAGUGUCAUGACAGAUCAAAGUUUGUACCGUACCAACCCUAUGUUGUAAUUCCAGUGGAUGAUGAUGAUUAGAUCAACGUUUUGACUGUACCAACACAGCAUCAUAAAUUUCGUCAACUUACUUUUGACUAUACCAACACACCAUUGUUAAUUAUGGAACACAUAUUGUUGUGAAGUAGACAUGUAUGUUUGCAUUAGAAACCAUGGACAUUUGGCAGGAGAAUGGUUCUCUAGCCAUUACUUAAUUCUCAUUUUCAGAAUCUAAAGGACUAUGGGUAAUCUCAUUGUUCUUACAUCAAAAUGAAAAUAAUGUCAUGUCAUUGGUUGAUUUUCCAUUAUUUAGAACGUCCUACACCAAUCACAAUGUUUUUGGUGUACGCUUUUGAGCAUGUCACCUUGAAUGCAUUAGAUUCUGAAACGGUGAAUUGUUUCAUACAUAAUUACUUUAUCAUGUGAUAUAUCACUACCUAUAUCUCUAUCUUAUAUAUCAAUUCUUAAAGACUUUGUUGGGAAAUAGUGCUGUUCACUUAGCACAGAGAAUAAUUGUUUUGGAUAAUGAACAAAUUAAUUUUGUAUAAUGUUAAUCCAUUUUAUUAAUAAAAAUUGUUUAAAAAUGAUUUCUUAGACUGUCUGUUCACUCUAUAAAUUUGAUUUUCAACUUAUGCAUUGUUAAUUGGUAUAAAUACAACUUUUUUUGUUAACAUAUAUAUAAAAUUCUUUUAUUACACUAUAGUUUGACUCAAUGUUGUUAAUCUGCAAAAAUAUCAAUCUAAAUUGUUGUCAACUUUUUAUACCACCAUAUAAGGUUGUAGUCUUGUAGGUUAUUGUUGUCUUGUGAAGGCAGGGGAAGUUAUGUUUAAGUAAUCAAUGUAUAUAUGAAGUUAUGUUAUAUCAUGAAUGUACCUAGCGCUAAGAAAGUUUGGUGUUGAUUUUUUAGGGGUUCUUAUUAAAGUUAUUUGGUCAACUCAUAAAGUAUGAAUAUUAGACUGAAAAGCAUCAUAUUAUUUUCAACAUUUUAUGCAAAAUGAUAGUUAUUGAUUUAAUCUUACAUUUUGACUGAAACUUAUACCAUUAUAGAAAGGCAGCUAAUUUAACCAAUAGGAAUUAAUGUCUAAUUAUGUAACUAUUUGGAUUAUUCCGAAACUUAUUGAUGCUUUUGAAAAGUUUCUUUACAUUUGCAUGUUAUAGAUAUUUUUUAUAUUAA